AUGGCUGGAUCCGACAAGCGAGAACUUUUGAUAAUUGGACACAGUGUUGAGCCCAUAUGCAUUAGUGACUUCAAGCUAGAAAAUUUCCAAUUCUCUUUUUUCGCGAAUAAUAACGCGAGAAUCACAACACCUAUCUUCGGCUCGUGGUUAGCCGCCUGGGACGAAGAAUUGCAGCGGGUCGGGAGACGAAUCCUGCUGCUCGUCGACGAUUGCAUCCCGCGACCGCAUGUCGAAUCCUUCAAGAAUAUAGUUUUCGAGCUCCUUCCCACCAAUGCAAUCGCGAAAAUUCAGCCUCUCAGUUUGGGCGUCAUCGACUACUUCAAGACGUCGUUCAGUGCGAGGCUCCAAGAGUCUCUCAAUCAAGCAAUUGAGCAAAGCUCGACGAGGGCUUCCCCGGAAUUGAACUUGAUGCAGGCCGCUCUCAUCGCAGCAGAUAGUUGGAACAAUGACAUGUCAUUCACGGGAAGAGAUGAGCUGAAAUCAUUGUUCGUGAUCGCAAGACACUCCAUCCGUGCUCCCAUCUUCUAUCCGCCGCAUGAUGAAUUUCUGAACCCGAAACCGUUCUCUCGAGGUCCGGGCUAUCUCACGCAGAAGGGCAUUGACAGCGCUGUUCGAGUCGGGAAAAUUUGGAAGCGAUGGUAUCCCGACCUAAUCACUGGCAAUGCCAGAGAAGUGUGGGCUAGGUCUUCAGAGUCUUACCGUUGCGCAGAAACGGCUCAGUCAAUCCUCUACUCGAUCUACACCACGGAGAGUCAUUACCAGCCAAUAUCUGUCAUUGUGCCCCCGUCGAACACCGAUAAGUACACCUCAUCGAAUAGCCUCUCGGAUGAAGAGCUCUCCAAAUGCAUGGAUGGUUAUUAUGGUAUCCAAGUCAAGUCGAUAGGGGGAAAGCCUACCACCGUCGCUGAUGUUCUGCGCUUCGUUGCGGAGAAAUUGGGGCUUGCUGAUCGCAGCGCAGAUGCCUUCGAUAUGUUCAUCUAUCUAGACGGCAUUGAAUCGCUGCGUUACGAGAACCUGGAGCAGCCGCCGUGGUACACAAGUAACAAGGAAUCGAUCGACGAAGUGUACGGAAUUCUCUAUGAUCGGAUCACAUCGACUCUGAGGCCCUACUAUGGAUAUUUUCUUCUUCGCGGUCUAGCAGAUCGUAUGAAGUUGCUGAAAGAUGGGAAACCCCCCUAUGGAGACAAGUGGAGUUUAUUCCUCGAGCAUGAUUUUUCCAUAUCAGCGACGCUCUCGGGCCUGGACCAGGGUUUCGAAAAGCUCAAGGCGAAUUUCUUGGGGGCUGUUUUCUUCGAGAUGUAUCAAAGAAAGACAGAUGGGUCUCACUACAUGAAACUCUUCUGGAGCAGAGGACUUCAGUCGAAUGGAACUUACUGUGAAAAGGAACCAUUGAAUCUGAAAGGGAGCAAUGGGACGAAUGAGAUCGCAUUCGAUGACCUGUGGGCGAAAUUUCGUAACAAUGUCUUCGAAGACUACAUGACUGACAGCAAACAUGCACUGAUCGGAUACACGGGAGAAGAUGCCCUCGUCUGA